CUUCUUUUUUCGAGGCUUUCCAAAGAGAGCGAGAGCCGGGCAGAGACAACGAUGGGGCCGCCGAGGUACUUUGACAAGGGCGCCCAGGAGGCCAAGGGGAGGGAGAGCAAGGGUGCAACAACAGAGCCAGCAUCUGCCGAGGCGGGAAAGGAGGGGAAGAAUGCGACGCUUUUCGUGUCGUCGCUGCCCUUUUCGGCUACAAGCACGGAUCUGUCGACGCUCUUUUCGGACAUUGGCCCGCUGCGGAGGGCCUUUGUCGUCACGGACAAGGAGUCAGGCAAGUCCAAGGGUGUGGGGUAUGUGACUUUUGCCAUCGCCGAAGAUGCACAGCGGGCCUUCGGCGAGAUGCAGGGAAAGAGUCUCGAUGGGGGCAAACGUAAGAUGAGGAUCGAAUGGUCGACAAGCGUCAAGGGAAAGGAGCGCUACUCCAAGGUCGAGUCGAGCGGCACGACGGCAAGAACGCAGGAGGCAGGAGGCUUGAACAUCUACGACGCUGACAAGGACGAGCCAGCCGCAAGCCAGGCGCGGCCGAAUCCAGCCCGGCCCACUACGUCAAAGGACCCGGACGCGAUCCGGACACUUGUGCUGACGGGCCUGGCAAAGUGCCAGCCAAAGGCGGACAGCAAGUCGCUGUACAAGCGGACAAGAAAGAUUGGCGAUGUGGAAAACGUCAUCUACCCCGCGCCCGCCUUCGAAACAACCAAGACAAACGACGAUGUGGCCCACGUCGUCUACCGCACGCCAAACCACGCCAUGACGGCGGUGACGAAGCUGCAUGCACACACGUUCAAGGGUGCCCAGCUCAGCGCCGUGCUGAAAAAGAGGCUCGAUGGCGCUGCGAGGCUCGAGGCGCACAUGAGGCCUGAGACAAAGGCCAAGCGCGAGGCCAUUCAGCAAAAGAUUGCAGAGGAGGCCGACCAACGGGCAGCGCUGCAACGCAGCAUCAAGGGCCAGGACGUCAAUCAGAGCAGCCGGCUCAUUAUUCGCAACCUGCCCUUUGACAUUACCGAUGCGGAUCUCCGCGCCGUCUUUUUGCCAUACGGCCCCAUCUUUAGCGUCGACGUGCCUCAAAAGCCAGUUGCUGUCAAGCAGGAGGCUGACGAGUCAUCGUCUGACGAAGGCGACGAGUCAUCCGAGGAAGAGGAUGAUGACGAGGACGACGAGGACGACGAGGACGACGAGGACGACGAGGACGAGAGUGAGGAAGACGAGGAGAUGGCGGAUGGCACGAACGGCACUGGCAGCUCGGACGAUGAGGAAGACGAGGACGAGGUCGAGGACGAGGACGAUGACGAGUCAGACGAGGCCGAUGCAGAGAAGCAAGUGGCUGAGCAAAAGCCACGCCCGACAUCGAAGCCUCAAGGGCGGGGCUUUGCCUUUGUCUGGCUUGUCUCGCGCGCCGAUGCCUCGCGCGCCAUCACAGGCGUCAAUGGCAAGGAGAUCGGUCGCGGCGCGGCAGAGAAGGCUCAGCUCAAAGCGGCAAAGGGAAAGGGCGGAAGAGAAGCGGCCAAAAAGGCACUCGAGGACGUUGCCAAGGUUGCCCAGCCAGCCCGGACAGUGGCGGUGGACUGGGCGCUGAGCAAGAAGGAGUGGGAGAAAAAGGCCGAAGAGACCGAUGGAGAGGAGACGGAAAAGGAGGCGAGCGAGGGUGAAGACGAGGAUGAGGAAGGGGAGACUGAUGCGGAAGAAGAGGGUAGCGAGGACGAGGAAGCUGAGGAAGCGAGCAAGCCAGCAUUGCCCGAACCAGAAGAGGGAACGACGCUCUUCAUCCGCAACCUGCCUUACCAGGCCACCGAGGCUGAGCUACGCGAUCUCUUCCGCUCUUUUGGCCCGCUUCGCUACGCCAAGGUGACGAUGGACAAGGCGACGAAGCGGCCAAAGGGCACUGGCUUCGUUUGCUUCUGGCAGAAGGAGAGCGCCGAUAAGGCCCUCCGGCAGGUCAAUCUUGUCGAGCAGGAGGCCGGCCUCAGGUCUUCUGCCGCCGCCUCCUCCUCGAUGGCGGCGGGCAAGCAGAAUCCAUUCAGCCAGCCCUCGGUGUUGACGGCAGAUCCGAGCGCCCCCCUGGCCGCCCAGCUCAAUCUCCACGGCCGACUACUCAGCGUCGUGCCGGCCGUGGCGCGGACGGAGGCGACGGCGCUCGAGACCAACGCCCGAAAGCUGCGCGAAAAGGGCGAUAAGCGCAACACUUACCUCAUGCGUGAGGGCGUGCCUCUGCCCGGCACCGCCUUGGCCUCUCAGCUGUCAGAGCAGGAGCGAGAAAAGAGGCUGGCGGGCUUCUCACUGAGAAAGAGCCAGCUGCAGUCCAACCCUGGUCUGUACAUCAGCAAGACACGGUUGAGCGUGAGACAGCUGCCCCUGUAUGCGACGCAGAAGACGCUCAAGAGAAUCGCUCUGUAUGCGACUCGCGAGUUUGACGCAGAGGUCAAGCGUGGCGAGCGCGAAGACCUGAGCGCCGAGGAGAAAGCCGAAUCGAAGAGGCUGCUGGCCGAGCUCAAGGAGAGUGGUACCCUGGGCAGCAAGACUUCCAAGAAGGUAAACGAGAGGCCGACCGCCGUCAUCCAGAGCAAGGUUGUCCGCCAAAACGACACCCGGCUGGACCCCCUGACAGGUCAAGGAAGGAGCCGGGGAUACGCGUUCCUCGAGAUGAGGACGUUUGCCGACGCCCUCAAGGUCGUCCGAUGGGCAAAUGCCUCCAAGGAAGUCUCCAAGCUCAUGCAGAAGUUCUGGAUCGACGAGCUGGAGUCGAUGGUCAAGGGCAUGAAGGGCUCGCUGACAGGCGACAAUGCGCUCAAGGGCGAGGAGCGAGCCGAGACCGAGGCUCGCCUCAAGCGGGUCGAAAAGAGGCACGCCGAGCUCAAGGCCGGGGCCAAGGUCGAGGCGAGCGAGCGAGGCGGCCUGCUUCUUGUCGAAUUCUCGAUUGAGAACGUGACCAUCACAAGAAAGAGAAAGGAGAGGGCGCAGAGUCAGCGCGAUGGUGCUAGACGCAGGAGAGAGGGCCCCUUCCAAGAGGAUGCUCCGCCGUCCUCGAUGCGACCGGCCAAGCGCGGACGCGAUGACGCCUCCAACGACGAUGAUAACGGCCGUCGAAGGAGUACCAAGGCGCCGCGAAGAGAAAACUGGAACCAGGCGACCAAGCCAAAGGCGGCGGCACCGAGGUCGUCUUCGCGGGAGGAAAGGCAGCUCGCGCGAGAGGGGACCGAGGGCACCAACAAGCUUGGGGACAAGCUCGGCAGCAUGAUUGGACGCAAGCGGAAGGCAAGGAAGCAGAAGAGCUGAAGUGUGUAAUUUCAUUAUCACCACCAUCAUCAUCAUCAUCA